UCCUUCCUCAUCGCCGCCAUGGAGAAUCGCGCCUCAAGCCUUUUCGGGUGAGUCCUUCGAGAUGGAACGAGGGGAAGUCUCUUCUGGAACCACGUUCUUAAUCCUAAAGUGGACCAGUGGUCAGGACAGUGAGAAAAGGGUCUCAUUCCCGCAAUCUUCUCAGGGUUACCAAGAAAGCUUGCCUGUUCUAAAGGAAUCAUCUCAUGCUCAGAAGAAACGAAAAUCUCUGGGCCUCUCUAGCAGUCAGUUGUCUUCAUGGCCUGCAUAUGCACCGGGGCAAAUUAUCCUGCAGAAUCGAAAACCUUGCACUGUCCCCAAAUGGCAAUGCACCAACAAAGAGCAAUUUCCUCUUUCCAUAUCAAAGCCACGCUACCUCCAAGAUCUGGAAUCCCAUCUGCGGAGAGAACUGCAAGCUCUGGACUUUACUAAAGGGAAGGUUCAGGAACUUAAACUCCAGCCUUACAGAGAAAUAUUUGAGUUCUUCAUGGAAGAAUUCAAAACCUACAAGCCACUGUUGGCUUCCAUCAAGAAUGAGUACGAAAUGACUAUAGCUCAUCUGCAGGACAAGGUCCAUUCCCUGGAGUCAGUGAAUGCCAUUCUGAUCACAGCCUCUGAUCAAUGUACUCGGCAAAUCCUGGCCUUUCAGGAGCAAGAGAAAAUUGAAAUCACAAAGCUAAAGGAGGAGAGGAUCUACUUGCUUAAACUUAUUGACAAAAUGAAGGAGGAGAAAAAUUCUCUAGAAACCCAGGUGGCUAAAAUGCGGAAGGCAGUGGCAGAAGAAUACCUCCGUUAUCUGAAUGAAUGUGAUGCCCGGAAGCUGCUACUUAUAGAUCUCAAUGAAAUGUACCGUAUGAAGGAAGAAAUGAAGCUUGCCAAGUUCCAAGAUGAAAAGGGGGAAGAUUCGGUGAAGCUAACGCUUGCAUUGAAGACAGCACGCCAAGACCUCACCAAAGCUCAAGUGGAGCUGAACACCAUGAAAGCAAACUAUGGAGACGUGGUGCCCAGGAGAGAGUUUGAAUUGCAGGAACAAAAAUAUGAUGUGCUGGCUGAAAAGAUGAUGACUCUUCAGAAAGACUUUGAUGACCUCCAAGAAGAGUAUGACACAAUGUUAGACGUACACAAACAGGUUUCCGAGGAGCGGGACCAGUUCUAUAAUGACCUCAUCAAUGUCCAGCGGACCUCCACUCCCCGGCCCAGCUGGGAUAAAUGUGCAGAAGUGAUUGCUGAUGGGGCUGAGCGCUGGAAUGCUUUGUCUGAGGGCAAAACUAGUGACCAGCUGGUAGACGUGCUUUUGGAAGAAAUUGGUGCAGGACUGCUGAGAGAGAGGGAUACCUUCGUGGCGAGGGGGAGAAGUGAGAAGGUCCCUGUAUACCUGAGGUGCGACGGUCUGGUUAGGAACAAGAAGUUGACCAAAAAGGAGGUUGUGGCCACUCUGAGGGAAAUAUGGAGAGAAAAAAUUGCAUCAGAUCAACAGAAAGGAAAGCAAUCCAGCCUUUCAGAGUUCUUCCUGAGCUUCUUCCAGAAAAAGUAUGGUGAAGCACUCGCUUUUGACUGGACUUACAGCAUCUAUGAAAACAUCAGACUCUUUAAGUCAAAUGAAGCCAUGUCCAUGUUUCAUCACAUCCUGAUAGGAAAGCUGGAUGAAGGAGUAUAUCACAGCCACCUCCAGCAACUUGGCAACCUCUUAAAAGAAUUGUCUACCAUUGACACUACAAAUACUGGCCAGCUGACAUACGAACAGUUCACCCUUGCCCUGAGGGCAGCUUUCCCGCAAAAGACCGAAGAAGAGAUUCAGAAAUUAGUAGAGGCUGCAGGAUACAAACUGGAGUCCCCUUCCAACACCAUUAUGUACAAGCUCUUAUUCUUAGAGGAUGAGGAAGGCAAUACAGAACCCUUGAUUACAAAACUUAAGAACCAAUAUGUGAAUGAGAAACAAGCAUAUCUACGUGAGCUGCGUGCUGAAUUAGGAACCUUGAUGGAAGUGAGGCCAGAUGACCUGAGGGCAGCUUUCUGCAUACUUGACCAUGGUUUGUCAGAGCAAGCCCUGGACUCUUACAUCUGUUAUGCAUUUCAAGUUUCCAAAGAGCAACUGGAUCCUGCUGUAUCCAUUCCUAUAGAAGUACUGAUGCAAAGGCUCAAGGCUGGAGAUAUUAGACGACAAGGACCUGUUUCAGGAGAUGUAAAGUACCUGCCCCCAUCCCUCACAAUAGAAGAAAUAGAGGCUCCGGUCAAUACCUAAAUUGACCCACAACCUCUUCCCCCCACCUUCCAAAUGUUACUAGAGUAAACUAAUUUUACAGAACAGUGAUUUAGAACAAAAAGGUCGUGCAAGAGAUCCAGUUAUAUAGUCCUAAAGCCAGAACUCUGCUGGAGCAGGCACCCAAGCUCACAUUCUUCUGGGACCAGAAAGGAAGCAUAACCAAGGUACAGCAUAUGUCUCUCUAAAACCUGUUUUUUUGUAACCCUUUGGGUUUCCAUUAUGCAAAGCAGCACAUCAGACUAUAAGCCACAGGUAAUGUAGAGGAUCUGACUUUUUAGAGGCCUUGACAAAAGGGCUAAAGGUUUUUCACAACUGGCAGCAUGCCCUUCUUCCACACAACUAUGUACGGCUACAAUGUACAAGGUUUCUCCAUUAAGCUGGCCAUUUACUCAAUUAGAUGUUGAAACCUUAGGAAUAUUGUUUGUAGAUUUUUUUUACAUCUGCUUCUCUUGCUAGGAUUUAUGCGAGGAUGAAAAUAAAACUUCAGUUUCUUUCUGGCAGCUAAACCAGUAUUUCUACUAAACUAAUUUUAGUUUGUUAUUGCAAUGGCAGCUCAUCAGGGGUUUGGAAA